AUGGCUGAACCUAUUUCGGUCAACGGUCAUCUCGACGUCACCUCGCAGGUUGAGACUGCACCAGCUGCCACUCAGCCUGCGCCAGUCCCUGCUCAGACUGGGCCAGCUGCCCCUGUUCAGGGUGUUGAUCAGCAAGCUGUCGUGCCGUAUAACAUCGUCACAGUGGAAAAGAAACCACCUAUGCCAACUUCGUACAUGUCAAGCACAUUGACAGCCGUUGGUCUCGCAAACACCACUGGCUAUGUCAUCGCGUUGAUGAUCAACAUUGUCAAUGCAAAGAGCAAUGGACAAAAGGACCUGCUUCCUCCAAAGCUGUUUGCUGCUGCACAAGUCUUGGACAACUGUUCCACCAUCAGUGAAACCUGGUGGAGACUCACUGUUGGCUUCAUCCGCAACCCGGUCCCACGACCAGUUUAUCGCAUUCUUGGUGAUUAUGUCCCAGGAGUGGAUCUCAUUGUCGUUGCAUGCGGUGAGCCAAAUGACAUUGUGCUCGACACUGUCAAAGCUGCGUGUCAGGUUGACUGGCCUGUUGACGACUUGCGUAUCAUCCUUGCGGACGAUGGUAAUGAUGCUGAGCUGAAGGAAGAAGUCAACAAGCUUCGUAAACAACAUGCAAACCUUCACUACUUCGCUCGGUACAAGCAAGAAGGCGUCCAUCAUGGGUACAAAGCAGGCAACCUCAACGCCACCUUGGCACAUACCAAGACUCUUCGUGGAGGACAAUACGAGUUUGUCGCCGUUCUCGAUGCUGACAUGAUCCCCGAGCCUGGCAUACUCCGAGCCUUGGUUCCACAUGCUCUGAAAGCUGACAAUGUUGGCAUGGUCACCACAGCACAGCAUUUCUACAACAUCCCCAACAAUGACCCAUUGUAUCAGUCUAACGUCACGGGCACCGGCGCAGACGAUGGUGCUAGAGACUCUGUUGGGGCAGCAUGGUGCCCAGGAAGUGGGUUCGUCAUGCGUCAGGAGGCCUGGGAGUCGAUGGGAGGGUUUCCGGAAUUCACCAUCACUGAAGACCUUAUGACCAGCUGGUUCCUCCACGGCCAUGGCUGGCAGAUCGCUCUUUGUCAUGAGGUUCUCCAGUGGGGAUUGCAGCCGGACUGUCUCUUGACGCACCUCAAACAACGUCGCCGCUGGUGGACGGGGCAUGUUCGUGAUGCCUUCAGAACCAACUUUUCCCUUCACGACAAGCGUCUGGAACAAGCAACCUUCAUCCAGCGUGUUGCCAUGUUCCAUCAUUGUUGCCGACCAUACUUCAACACCGUCUUCAAGGCAUUGUCGCUGUUGUUGGUUGCUAUGGCCCUUUUCCUGCGUGGUCCGGUCAUUGCCACUCCAACAGCAACCACUCUUCAAACCAUGAUGAUGUCCGUCUUCUUCACCAAGGUUCUUGCAAGAAUCUCGGAAUUUCGUGCAGCCCAAUCGAUCAGUCUCUGGAACUUGAGACGCCGUCAGGCGACCAACACUUGGUUGGGUAUUCACUUCGCUCGAGAUGUCUUCUUCAGUGCAAUGCCGAAGAGCAUCGGCGGCCUUCGUCUCGGAUUCGAUGUCACUGGCGUGGCAGAUACUCAUCAACCGGUCAAGGAGAGAGAUGCCGAGCAUCGCCCUCCAAUGUUGAGCCGACUCCGCAUCCUCCAUAAGAGAGAGGGGAUCUUGUAUCACGCCGCCCUUGUUGUCAUCAUGGUCCUUCUCAUCAUCCGUGCCAUCAAGUAUGAGGUCAUGAAGGCAACCAUUGACGGUCAGGUCAUCCUGGACAACGUCUUCUGGCAUCGUCUUCUCGCUGGUGUCGGGUAUCCUGGCCUUUCACUCCUCGAACUGGUUCCUCUCUUCUUGACUCCGGUCAUUUAUGUCAUGUUCCCACCAAGCAUGCCUCCACGUCGAGAGCGUAUGUUCUUUGACAAGCAGACUGGACUCUGGCGUGCGCGCCCUGAGUGCAAAGGCAUCAAGUGGACGAAGGAGAGCUUCUGGCUGGAGAUUCCUCAUUUCAUGGGUGCAGUGUUGAUGGUGGCCUCGUUCAUGAUCAUUCGUCACCUAACCGUGAAUGAUAACUAG